ACAAGAAGCGAAGUAGGUGAGAGAGAGAGGGGGGCGGGAUCGGGAAAGGUCCACGAGCCGGGACUCGAACUCGGGACGCCCAGAGCGCAACGGCACUAUAUGCAUAAAUACACAAUUGCAUAUUUUAAAGACAUCCCUGCUAUGGCAAAUUCCCUGAAGGCAAAUGUAACACUGAAGGCAGAGAAGGAGAUCAGAGAGGAGAAAGCGGGAGCUAAAGAAAUGGAUGACACCUUGGAUGAGCCUGCAGAGGAGGAAGAGGAUGAAGAGGAGAGAAAGGCACGGGAGGCAGCAGCCAGAGAGAGAGCCGCUCAGAGGCAGCUCAUGGCGAUAGAGGAGCUGGUGCAGACAGAGAGGAACUACCUGAAACAUCUGCAGCUCUGUACGGUCACCAUCCACAACAACCUGCAGAAACUACAGCCUCCUCCCCCAAACCUGGAGAACAUGUUUCAGCACAUAGAUGAAGUGAUGGAUGUUUCCAGCAGACUCCUGAGCUUCCUCGACCAGACACGGAUACAUCACAGCGACCCGAAAUACCUGGAAACUCUCUGUGACACUUUUCUGAGUCUGUCUCAAGAUAUAGAGAUGGCUUAUAAAGAGUAUCUUGCCAACUACAACAACAUCACUGCUCUAGAGAACAGCUACAAACAGAAAGAGGCGCUGUGGGUGGAAAUGAUCCGAAGUGUCAAGUCCUCUGCUCCUGAUGUGAAUGCAUCCACUCUGAGCUUCUUCCUGGUGAUGCCAGUUCAGAGGAUCGCCCGUUACCCACUGCUGCUCCAGACCAUCCAGAAACACACAGACCCCGGGCACCCUGCCUACCCAAAACUGGAGCACACCGCUCACACUGCGGUCCAGAUCAACUGCAGGAUCAAUGAAUAUAAACGCUUCCGUGAAGUCGCUGACAAAUACAAGAAGACAGAGAACCUGACCAUCAAGGACAAGAUCAAUCGGCUGAGUGGCCACAGCAUUGCCAAGAAGACGGCCCGGUUCAGCCAGUACAUAAAGCAUGAGACAGGAAUGGUGCCAAAGUUAAAGGAUGAAGAAUUUGAUGCCCUUGCUGGCUUCUUCUUCGUCCUGGAGAGGGCCGUCUCAGAGCUUCAUGAUAACCUGGAGGCCUAUCUCCACCAUCUGCAGAGGUUCCUCAGCUGCAGACCAGAGGAAGCAGAUCUUGAUCUGGAAGGAGAGAAAACCGCCUUGUUCUCCAAAGAAAUCACAGUGGCGCUCAGACAGUGGAUCUACCCCUCAUAUGAUGAGCGUUUGAAGACUUUAUUCUUUAAGCCCUUGAGCUCACUGCGGGAACUGAUGGCAGGACCACGUAACCUCAUCCGCAAACGUCAGGACAAGCUUCUGGACUAUGAGCUAAUCGAGGAGAAGAGUAACCUGAGCUUUGAGGAGCAAGCCAUAGCGAACACCUACAAGACCAUCAACACUCUCCUGCUGACCGAGCUGCCGCAGUUCAACAGCAAAGCCCUGCAGCUCCUGUGGGCCACACUAGAGGCCUUCAGCUGCCUGCAGAGAGACCUGGCGGCUGAUAUUGAGCAGCUGGCCACCAGCUUCACCCAUCAGGCGUUCAAUGCCAUGUGUGAGCAGCGUCUCAAGGCUCUGACCGCCAAACACGGCUCGGAGAAGAUCUACCAGCUGACAGGUCCUGUGGUGGGCACCCGUGACCUUGACUUGACCCUCAACAAGGGAGAGCUGGUAGCUGUCGUCAGUGAGAUGGACACGCGAGGAGACCGUCGCCGCUGGCUGGUUGAUGCAGGAGGCCCAAGGGGUUAUGUGCCUGCCUUAAAACUGACACGCUACCACCAGAUAACCGUUGACCCGCCGCAGUCUCCUCAUCUGAAGGUCACACCCACCGGUCCAGGACCCCGAAGGCACUCCUACACACCCGGAGCCCAGCCACUCCCAACCACCAUGACCACGCCCUGUUUUCAGGUGUAUGCGGGCUAUGACUUCACUGCGAGGAGCACUCACGAGCUUUCUCUGAGGGCCGGCGAGCCAGUGCAGGUGGUGGAGCCUCAUGAUAAGCGUGGAAACAAGGAAUGGAGUCUGGUGGAGGCGCGUGGCCAGAGAGGCUACGUCCCCUCUAACUACCUCGCCAUCCUCCCCUCUGUGAUCGCCUCACCCACCUUCCCUUAUCGCUAGAAUAUCCUCGAGAGCACAUCAUCUGCUGCUGAUACGACUGCUAGCCAGUAUCCAAACACACACAGACCAUGAGAAACACUUUCCCUGAAGGGCUCUUCAUACGUGAGGGGGCGGAUGGCUGCUGUUUGAUGCGUCAUUUGACUGGUGUAUGUACUAGAGUGGUGCUUGGGCCCUGCUGUGGAGUGGUCAUCCAUAUACUUGAUCUCAGCUUUGCCUGGGGCUGUUACUGGUGGAGAUCAUUUUAUCCAAUGAGAGAAGAGCUGCAGGGGCAGCAGACAUGCUGUUGUAGCACAUGGUUGCUGGUGGAGUUACAAUUACCACUUGGAUCCACACCUCAGCUGUCCACUGGAAUGACUCUUUUGGUGGGCCUGGUACUACUUUGCUAUAAGAAAUGGAGAAUAUUUAGGUUUUUACUGCUGAGAAUGGAUCUCAUUUUAUGAGUCCGACCUCUUUUGCACUGGUUUCCAGCCUUUUGACAUGACUAACAUGCAGACUUGAAGACAAGAUCUUUCAAAACAUUCUUACAGAAUUCUUGCUUGUGCACCAUUUUAAUAAUGCUUGAUGGUUUUUAGUUAUUACAAAUUGUACCGUGGAUCUAAAAAGUAUUUGGACACUUGGACAUGCGUCAAAUGUGUGCAUGUCAUUAAUGCAUAGAUAUUAAAAUAUCAAUCCAACUGACUUUUUUUUUUUUUUUUUUUUAAAUGCUCCAACACAUUUUUAAAAGCAGAACUUUUCACAAUUAAAAAGUUUGAUGAAUUCAAAAUUAUUAAACGAUAGAUAUACUGCUCCAAAUUAAGGCAAAAAAAUGUGUCUGAACAACAUAAUGCCAAUAGCAGCCGAUAUUUGACAUUUUUUAUGUUUGAUUUAAUAAGUGUUGGAAGACUUUUAUUUUGACAGUGAUGGAAACACCACACCAGACACACAAAGGCUCCUAUUCUCCAAACUGGAUGUGGAGGCCAAACUUUAAAUUCUUGAUUUCAAACUAUGCUGCGCUAUAUCCAGUUGACUACUAUGUCAUAUUCAUUGUGCACUUUAUAUGAAAUUGGCAUUAGCUGGUCUUUAUUUGCUAAAAUAUGAUUCCAAGUGCAC